AUGCCCGACACUGGACAAAACUCGGGUGAUGUUGAGAAGCAGCAGAGCCCGGAUCGCACGUCGCGAGCCGAGCGGCGUAUGUCUCGUGCUGAAAGGCGUAUGUCACGGGCAAUAAGUGUUGCCCAAGAUCCCAAUUUAGACGAAUAUGAGAGAUUGGUCAAGUAUGUAUCAAUUUACAGGGAGCCAGGAAAGGGAGAUAUCCUAGACGAAAGUGGCGAGAUGAAACGACUCUGGUACGCUCCCUGGAAGAAGACAUGGGUACCAGCGAAAGAGGCACUGGAUUCAAGUCAGCAUUUCCCUGAUGACUGGCUUAUAACCGAUAUCAAGCAAGGCUUGACGGAAGAGGAGGCAAAUAAUCGUCGACGUCGUUCUGGGUGGAACGAAUUAAUAUCCACGAAGGAGAAUCCGAUUGAAAAGUUCAUUUCUUACUUUCAGGGUCCGAUCUUAUAUGUCAUGGAAAUAGCCGUACUACUUGCAGCUGGUCUCAAAGACUGGGUCGACUUUGGAGUUAUCAUUGGUAUUUUAUUCCUCAAUGCUACCGUUGGAUGGUAUCAGGAAAAGCAGGCAGCGGAUGUUGUGGCUAGCCUUAAGGGAGAUAUUGCACUGAGAUGCAUAACCGUUCGUGAUGGCCAUGAGCAAGAAAUACUAGCUCGUGAAUUGGUCCCGGGGGAUGUGGUGGUUGUGGGUGAAGGAAGUGUCGUCCCCGCAGAUUCCAAAGUAAUCUGCGCUCAUGAUGAUCCCAAUGGCUUUGAAGAAUUCAAGCGUAUGCAAGCAGAAGGAGCCUUCGAUGACUCGUCGAAUGAAGAAGAGGAGAAUGCCCAAGGUGGUGAAGAGCGUCAAGAAGACGAAAAGGAAUCUGAUGGCGACAAGUCACAAAAGAAGGAAACGGAGGGCGAUGAAGAUGAGAUGAAAGAAAGUCGAAAGGGUUAUUCGUUGCUGGCAUGCGAUCAUUCCGCGAUUACAGGUGAAUCCCAUGCCGUGGAUCGAUACAUGGGAGAUAUAAUCUACUACACAACAAACUGCAAGCGUGGGAAGGCCUUUGCAGUGGUACAAACAACGGCCAAAACAUCCUUUGUUGGAAGAACUGCAAGCAUGGUAGCAGGUGCUAAUGAUAAAGGACACUUUGAACUUGUCAUGGAUAAUAUUGGAACAUCUCUACUAAUCCUUGUCAUGGCAUGGAUUCUUGCUGCAUGGAUUGGCGGAUUCUACCGGCAUAUUCCAAUUGCCAGUCCUGGCAAACAAACACUGUUGGAAUACACAUUGGUGCUUUUAAUUAUCGGAGUUCCGGUUGGGUUACCUGUGGUUACUACAACAACAAUGGCAGUUGGGGCAGCCUACCUGGCUCGCAAGCAAGCAAUUGUGCAAAAGCUAACGGCUAUCGAGUCACUUGCAGGUGUUGAUAUUCUUUGCUCAGACAAAACCGGAACUCUCACGGCUAACAAAUUGAGUAUCCGAAACCCAUAUGUCGCCGAAGGGGUUGAUGUCAAUUGGAUGAUGGCAGUAGCCGCCUUAGCAUCAUCCCACAACAUACAAUCGCUAGAUCCUAUUGACAAAGUGACUAUUCUGACACUUAAACAAUACCCGAAAGCAAUGGAGAUCCUUCAACAGGGAUGGAAAACCGAUAAAUUCACGCCAUUUGAUCCCGUUUCGAAGCGGAUAGUUACCGUGUGUCAUUGUGAAGGCGUCCGUUACACCUGCACUAAGGGCGCUCCAAAGGCAGUUUUGACCUUGACUAAAUGCUCCCCUAUGACGGCAGAAAUGUACAAAAAGAAAGCACAAGAAUUUGCUCACCGUGGAUUUCGAUCACUUGGAGUAGCCGUCCAAAGGGAGGGAGGGGAUUGGCAGCUAUUAGGCAUGCUACCCAUGUUCGAUCCACCGCGGGAGGAUACGGCCCAGACAAUUUCCGAAGCACAAGCUUUGGGAAUCAGUGUGAAAAUGUUAACAGGCGACGCUAUCGCUAUUGCAAAAGAGACGUGCAAGAUGCUUGCAUUAGGCACCAAAGUCUACAACUCAGAACGGCUAAUCCAUGGUGGCCUCAGUGGUGCAAUGGCUCAUGAUUUGGUUGAAAAGGCGGAUGGAUUUGCGGAAGUUUUCCCAGAACAUAAAUACCAAGUGGUACAAAUGCUUCAGGAACGUGGCCAUCUUACUGCAAUGACAGGUGAUGGUGUCAACGAUGCGCCAUCUUUGAAAAAAGCAGAUUGUGGUAUCGCGGUUGAAGGGGCGUCAGAAGCGGCGCAAUCGGCCUCAGAUAUAGUCUUUUUAGCCCCUGGACUGUCAACAAUCAUUGACUCGGUGAAAGUAGCGAGACAAAUUUUCCACCGCAUGAAAGCCUAUAUUCAGUACAGAAUUGCACUCUGUCUGCAUUUGGAAAUCUACCUCGUCACGACGAUGAUUAUUCUCAACGAAACAAUUCGGCCAGAGUUAGUUGUCUUCCUAGCUUUGUUUGCCGACCUGGCUACAGUUGCAGUUGCGUACGACAAUGCCUCGUUUGAACUGAGACCGGUUGAAUGGCAGCUCCCCAAAAUCUGGUUCAUCUCGAUAAUUUUGGGUAUACUGUUAGCUCUAGGCACAUGGACGAUCCGUGGAACUAUGUUUCUUCCAUCUGGCGGUGUUAUCCAAAACUGGGGGUCUAUACAAGAAGUUAUUUUCCUUGAAGUUGCAUUGACUGAGAACUGGUUGAUUUUCGUCACACGGGGGGGAGAUACACUUCCAUCGAUCCCGCUGGUUGGAGCUAUUGUUGGCGUUGACAUCCUAGCGACAAUUUUCUGUCUCUUUGGGUGGUUUACCAAUACGAAUUUUAAGACUGACCCCGCAGACAAGUAUCAUGAAACAAGAAAUGGUUGGACAGAUAUUGUGACUGUGGUCCGCAUUUGGGGCUUUUCUCUCGGAGUAACAAUAGUGAUUGCGCUUGUUUAUUUCACAUUGAACAAGAUGGAAUGGCUUAAUAACCUUGGGCGGAAGUCAAGAAGCAAAGGGGACAUUCAAAUGGAAAAUACGCUCAGCCACCUUUCUCGCGUUACGAUCGAGCAUGAGAAGGAAGGUGAGGCCAAGGGUCGAUACUAUUUGACCGCGGCCCGCGAGGAAGAGGAAGCAGAGUAA